UAGCAUUAAAAUUGUAACAUUUGUGUAUACUCAUAUGGAUUAGUCUUAAGUCCGGUUAUGCAUAAUAUGUUAUUCACAUGUUCCUUGCAGUAAAUCCGUCUCUGAAAAUAAGUUAAGAUAAUGCCGAGCAAUGAGCGAGUAAAAGCGAGAAGAAAAGUGGGAAAAUGUAGCAUUCUUCAAAUGAUUAGCUGAUUUAUUCUAUGGGUGUAUUUUUGCAGCUGAUGUGCAUGUCUAAAGAUAAAAAGAAAAUAAUAACGAGGGAGUAUUUACCAUAGAGAAUUCACUUCCAAGCUAGGAACAAAGAAAUCAAGGAGCUGCAGGAAAUCAUAAGAAGAUCAAAAGAAAUUCAAGCAAAAUAAUAUGAUAUAUGUGUAUGUGUGAGUUUAGAAUUUAGAUGCUUUUUGAUACCCCAAACGGACAUUAGCUAGGCGAACGGCGAAAUAUGCAUUGAAAAUUUUAUAGAAAACAACGCAACUUAGGCAAAACAUACAUUGAAUUAAACCAAAUAAUUUGCUUAAAUUGUCAUAAUCCCACAAGGAAAUCUAGCACAGCUCCAACAAAAAAAAAACAUGUCGAUGGAUACACCCAGACAAUACGCCCAAAAGUAUGCAAUUUGAUUGUGCAGAUAGAAUAUUUUUUAAAUGUUUAUAAGCAGAGAUUAAACUAUUUGUAAAACAUAUUUUAAUAGACACCGAAAACCAAAGAACAAACUUUUUGAAACAUAUUUUUUAUAUACAAACAAGAAGACGAGUUGAAGAAAGUUGAACACUGCGAAUAUGCACAAAACAUAUAGUAUCUUUCGGAUAACCCUAGCCUAAGUUACACAUUUGUACCAUUUAUAUCAUUUCGGAGUUCAGAUAGAUACAUUUACUUUCGAUGGUUUCACGACAACUUAUUUUAGGCCUGGCAUACAAACAUUCGGUUGAAGCUUAAGCAAGUAAUCCAAAGUACAAUCAUUUACGUCAAACGGGACAACACCACACCACACCAGAUAUAUUGAUAUAUUGAGCAAGGAUAAUUCUGAAAUAGAAAUACAAAGCGAUAAGGUGGAACAGUCGUUUUUACAGGGACAAACGAAAUCGAAACACUUUUUGCUAACAAUUUUUUAAAUUCGUUUUACACACUCGCUUUAUAAGAUUGCUAGGGGAUUUCAGGAUAGACCGCUAAAAAUAUAACAGCCGUAUAGUUUUCAAGCUGAAGAGAAAAGGAAAGAAAAGAAAGGAAAAAAAAAAGAAUUGAAAGGAAGAUAUUAAAGAUAUUUAAUACUAAUUAUUUAGACUAAACUUGAGCUUAGGUCUGUCAACAAAACCACUCCAAAACCGAAUGUAAUCCCUGUACUUAGUUUGUAACUAGAGGUGAAGCUCCCCAAGCCCAAGCCCGCACCCAAACCCAAAUCCGUAACCGUAUCCACGUCCGGAGUCCCGCUACCCGAUCAAGAUGUAUGCAGCUGCUGGUGGCGCCUCGCUGGCCUCCCGCCAGGCGCGGCAGCGCCAACGCCAGCAGAAGAAGACUCAACAGCUGCAGGCGAAACUGCAUCCACCGAAGGCGGCCGGAUUGGCAUCCGAUCAUGCCGCCGAGGGCGCGUCCACGCCCACUCGCAGCCAGUCGCGCCAGUUCCACCAGCUGCCCCAGAACUAUCUGCGUGCCCCGCAGCCGCAUGGACGGAAACUCAGCGCCACCUAUACGACGCAAUCGAAGCUCCUACUGCCAAUCGAGGAGGGUGACACCCAGUCGGUGUCCCAGCUGCGCAUGCACUCCCACGCUCACUCCCAUGGCCACGCCUACGCGCACGCCCACUCCCACUCCCAUGGACCCGCCCACGCCGCUCAGGCCGCACCGCCCGCUCUGCUCAGUCACCAUGGGCAGACGCCCUACCAGCAGUUCGCCUCAUCGCACGGACGCGUCUCACCGAAACUGGUGCACCGGCACUCCGGCAGCAGCAGCAUUGCCGGCUUCCAUCCGGUCAUCUCCGCCGGACAGCUGCACAAGUCCGCAACGGCCACGCUGCCGCUGGUCUCGCACAUGGAAGCGGAGGCGAUGGCGGUGUCGCCAUCGGCGGUGGCCGGCGUUAAAACGACAGUGACCUCGUUGGAGACAGCCACGCCCACGUCUCCGCCGCUGGCCAGCACAUCCGCUGCCGCUGCAGCCGCAAUGGCGGCCGAGGCGGAGGCAGAGUUAGCUGGCGCCGGCGCCAUGUUUGUUCCCCACCAUGAUGCCAUCAUUGUAACGCCGGCCACGCCCAUGGCCUCGCCGGGCCACGUGGCCAAGCUGCGGCGUCCCGGGCCCGAGGAGCUCCUCUUCGAUUCCUCCGCCGAGCGACAGCCGCUGACCGCCGGCGAGGCGCUGGACGACGAGGAUGAGCCCAUGCAUCCGCCGGCGCCGGGUCAGCUGGAGCGCAAGUGCAGCGUGUACAGGAUGCGCAGGAGCGACGCCUUCGAGCAGGACACUGGCGGUGCCAGUGGUGGUGUUGGUGGUGCAGGCGGUGGUCUCAAGCGGCAGCUGCGGGAGCUGCAGUUCAGCACCACCGGAGUGCAGCAGACGCAGUACGAACCACUGCUCGCCGAUGAGCCGCAGUUGAUCUUCAAAGGAUUGGGGGUCAAUGGGCGCAAGAUGCAGAUAUGCGCCUACUGCGAGGAGGGCAUCUGCGUGUGCGAGCAUCUCGAGUGCGCCCAAGGACGUGCCGCCUGGUUGGAGCGGGGUCGACGCUGCAGCGUCCAGGAUCAGCAGCAGCAGCAGGCCACCUGCCACCGACGCUGGGUGAAGCGCAACCGAAUCCAAGACGCCUCUUUGGGCGGCUCAUCGGACGAUGAGGAUUUCCUGGGCGUCCUGCGGGGUCCCAGCACCUUCGCGAAUGCCUUUCUCUACGUGGGUCUGGGCACGGUGGCCCUGGGACUCGUCAUCGCGUUCGUUGGCACCGGCGAGAAGGGCUUCAAAACCACGGAACUAAGACUUAUAGGCCCCUCUCUAAUAGUAUUGGGCCUGAUCUGUUGCAUUUUACGCAUCCUCUUCUGCAUCUGUCCAUCGCACUGCAUCUCAUCUAGCAAAAAGACGCGGAAGAAAAACGGCAACAAGAUUGAUGCGGAUCACACGACAUCGUUGCUCAGAAACGAGAGCAAAAGAGUUUCGAUAGCAAGAGGACCUAGUUUUCAGCCCAAAUAUCCCAUAGCGCACAAACGCAGCCAGAGCAAGAUGCUCAACGAGGGAAUGGAGGCACUGCGCCAGAUAGCCACCACAUCCUUGUUCAUGCAGAAUGAGCAGAAGACGGCCAUCAAUCGCGUGGUGCCGAUCAUUAAUGAGCCGGAAACCGGUGAUGCGCCACUGGAGAUGAAGAAGCUGCAGACGGCUCUGAAUGCCUGCGAGAUGAGUGACGAUGAGCAGGAUCAGAAUCAGGAUCAGGACCAGGAUCAGCAAAAGCAGAAGCAGCAGCAGCAGCAGCAGCAGAUUGCCAAACGUACAACAGCCACAACUGCCGUUACGAGUAGUACCACCAAAGACCCAACAUCAACAGCAGCCACAUCGAGGAUAACGAGAGCCACCACCCUGAGCACGGUCGAUGAGAAGCCGGACAGCAAGCUGGUGCGUCAGCGGGUGGCACUUCAGCAGCAGCGCCAGCAGCAACAGCAGCAGGAUCAGCAACAGGUACCGAAGUCGCAGUCCUUGUCCUCCUCCUCCACCGUCAAGGAUUCGCUGGAGGUCUUAGAGGAGACAUCCCUGAUAGAUGCCAGCAACGAGGCCACUACACCUGUUGCAACGACAGCCGCUUCUACAGCUGCUCCAAUGCCCAGCAGCUGCAGUACGGGUGCGAUACCUCGGCUCAAUCGGCCGGGCAUCUCGACUGGAGCCACGCCCAAAACGACGACCACGACGACGACGCCCACCAUCACGGCACGGCUGCCCACGUCGCAGUCGCAUCCGACGAGCUAUGACCUGCCUCCGGCCCUGCCGCACACCUAUUCGGCAACGGCGACGGUACGCGGACCCCUGGGCAUGUCCAUGAGCAGCUCCGCUUCCGGCAAGGGAACGGGAACGGGUACGGGAACGGGAACGGGAACUGCCUUCACAUUGCCGCCCACCACGACAGCAAUUAGUUUGCUGCCGCUGCCGGCGCCUCCGACGGUGGCCACCGCCUCAUCCACCAGCACAACGAUAGCCAGUAUUCCCGGCCAGGUGCUGGAAACAAGCGGAGUUACGAGUCUGAGUCUGAGCCUAAUGCGACCGGCCACCGCAUCCGGUGUGGUACUGAGCGGAUUGACCACCUCAUCAUUCACCACCGCCACGGAUCACCAAAAAUCACAUCCAUCAUCCGCCGGUUCGGUAAUGGGGCGUGGCAGUAGCCUACUCCUCUCGCCGCCCACAGCGGCAGCGGCGUCGUCGUCGUCCCCGUCGUCGAGCAAAUUCGAGCCAGAAUUGGUGCUCAGUCCGGCUAACCUUGGCCAGUAGAAUUAAAUGGGAUUUAGUUACGAUUUUAGUUAGCCACCAGGUCUAUAUAUGUAUGUAUGUAUAUGUCUAGCUUCUAGACGCGAGUGUGCAUGUGCAACAGUGUGAGUGUCUGCGUGUGUGGUGUGCUGUGUGUGAAUGCUUGAGAUCGACUAGAGUUUAGAUACCUAUGUACCCUAAAACUAUCUUUUGAAUGUGCCACAGGAACCACUUAGAGAAACAAAUACACCCCUUAACUGAAUCUCUACCAAACAACAGUCAUGUUCUGAAACAGAAAUCAAGCGAAUUAUAUUUAAAAAAAACAAGCUAAAAUUAGGUACAUCAAUUGGCGAAACUUUAAUCAUCGCAAUGUCGCUAUUGUUUCCCUUCAACCACAACUCGCUUUCAGUGUCCAGUCGAGUAUAUUUCCCGAGGCGUAACUCCUCCAUUCUUCGCGAGCCACUUGAUUUCCCUGCUCAUCUUUUGGAUGUAUCAUCCAAUCUAUAGCUAUCGAAUAUUUUUCCCAACAUUCUAGAUCUGUGUGUCAGAUGUGUGCUUUAGGUGGCAUAAGAAUCGCCCGUGCUCAGCAAAACGUUGCCAACCUGCGCUGUUCUAAGCUAUCCCAAAUUAAAAACAAAAACUAAAAACAUAGCCAGGGUAUUAUAAAGUUUGUAUACCAAACAUAUCGUUAACUAAAUACACAAAGCAAAACUAACAAAAACCAAUUAUAAUAUGAGACAAAAAAAGUAAACUUGGAGCGUCGUCCUAAUUUAAAAAAAACUAAUAUAAACAAACUAAAAACCCAAUUAUAUAUGUACGAAAAAAGUUUGGGGAUUAACUAAAUGGCAAGACGCGCAAACAUUAGUAUCUGGUAAAUGUGCGGGUGUUUUCAAAAAUACAAACCAAACCCAAACAGUUUAAAAAGUAUUAUGCAAUCGCCGAGAGAACUCUCAAAAAAAUACGAAAUAAGAAUUCUCAAAUUCUACGCAAUUCAAAGCAAAACUCAAACUAUUCUCGAUAUUUUUAAUAUCUUUCCGUUUCAAAAGCACUUUAAGCUAUUGCUAAAUUCCAAAGAAUAAAAUUGCUUGCUCUUUCAGCCCCAAGAAAAGUGAGCCGAGUAAAAAUAAAAACUAACAUAAACCAAAUCCAAUAGAAUCGAAUGUGGCCGUUAAAUUAUAAAAAAGCGAAAAGAAUUAAAGCUAACAUCCCUGAAACAAAAAGUGUAAGAUGCAUGUACAGCAAACAAAGCAGCAGCCAGACAUAGAAAAUAAUAAAAAAAAAACUUUAUGAAUUAGUAUGUAUGUAUACUAUAUGUGCAGAA